AAUCAGGGGCGGACUGACCAUUUGAGAACUCAGGCACUGCCCGAGGGCCCUGGGUCAGAAGGGGGCCCCAUGAGAUGCCUCUGGUACCUUUUUCAUAGGCUUUUUGGGUGUGGUUUGAGUGUGAGCAAGGACACAGGGGCCCCAUGGUCCCCUAUUGCCCGGGGGCCCCAUGAGUUGUCAGUCCGCCCCUGUGUGUAAUACUUAAGGUUAAUGAGUGAUUAGCAAUAUCUCUAGAUCUGACUUAGUAGGGCUUCAACACAGAGAGAAAGAGUCCUACACUUCAGCAAU